GACAUCAUGGCAAAGCUCGCUAACUGUUAGCAAAGUUAGCCAUGAGAGGGACGUGUAGACAUUCUGUAUACAAACUCCAGAACGCUAUACGAAGUGUGUCCUUAUAGUAUCUGCAUUCAUAGUUAAUUUACUAACAUUGUGUACAUUACUUCUCGAGGAUGGUGUUGGGUUAAGAAAUCACUUUCAUGAGACAUUGUAAAUUACAGAGAGAGUGUGUUUUGUAGCUAGUGCCCAAUUCGUGUUAUGAACCACACGACCGGGAAUACAUGAGAUUUGAGUCCUGUUUACUGGAGGCAGUCAUUGCCCAUUUUCUUGUCACUUAAUUUUCUGUUUAGUGCCCCGUUCAAGUUGUUUUAGCGACCUGUGUACGUGUCACUUACCAAAAAAAGAAGUACAGAGUCUGAAAUAUAAAAAAGUAAAAAUUCAGUUUUAAUGUCAAUUACAAAGAGUACAUAUUUUGAUAUCUUGGCACAAGGGGGGGACUAUUCCUGCAAAGUAAAUAGUUCCCUCUUACUAGCUUUCUUAGUGCUUGUACUGAGAAGAUAAAUGCUAGCUAGCGUUUUUUUGUACUAACAUUGUGAAAUUACUUAAGAAACCGUUGCAAUAUUAUCUAAAAGUAACAAAUAAAUAAAUAAAAAUACACCUUACCUGUGUGUUUAGAUUAGACAAUUUUUCAACGCCAGAAGGUGGUGGUUUUUAGGCCGGCACAAUACACGACCAUUUCGCAUGAAUAUUCUUGGAACUGACAGCAUCAGCUCUUAAAUAAUGUCUCCAAAUCUGUUGCAUCAUUGUUGUUAAUGCUGCUUAUUGAGUAUCUGAAUAGUUCAAAUUCCCACUUGUGUUCGCACACAGUUACGUAGUGAGAGAUGUUUAAUCCUGUUGGGAUUGUAGUUGUUUAUGAUGGCAUGUUUUUUGCCACUGCAUCCUAAAUUUCUCGAUACUUUGUCAACUUUUUACUAGCCCUCAUCUUCGCACCUCUAAGGAAAUUUAUAACACGGCGUAUAUUAACCGAUUAGGGUAAUGUUGAAUAAAGACAAAAGAAAAACUCGGUCUACUCGUCCUUCCACUUCAAGCCUUGCUUAUCCUCCCGAUCUUUUAAAAUUUAGCCACUAGGCUAUAAGUAAAAAGUUGUCCAAAAAAUAAAUGUUCAAGUAAAGUGCAGGUACCUGAAAAAAGCUACUAAUGUACAGUAACAAAAUAUUUUCACUUUGUUACUUCCUUCCACAAUGGUGGGCUUCCUCUGGUAGAGAGAGGAGAGACCCUGUAGAAUUUGGUACUGGCUUUUGUUAGCUGUUGGCCGCUGGAUGGUUGCACCUGUUAACGCUGCUGAGAAAUAACCGUAAGUCGUAAACUCAAUCGCUACUGGAACAGUUGAUAAGACAGGCCUAAAUGAUUAAAGGUGAGCCCUUCCAACUGCAAUCUAUGCGUUUAUGGCUGAGAUCCGUCAUUCAUUGUCACUGUCUGCAAUACAUUCAAAUUGUAAAUGCGAUGUGUUUAAAAUAGUUUUGUUUUUUUUGUCGUCGUGUUAAAUUCUGGCUGCUUGCCAUAAUUUAAGGCCACAAUGCCAGAUAUGGUAUUCUCUGAAUUCAAAAGGAAUUGAUGAAGAGAGAACUCUUCAUCUUCCUUGUUUUAGAGUACAGUUUAUCAUUGAUAAAAGAAGACACUCUGUCUGAUUAAUCUUUUCCAUUGACUAAUGUUAGACUGAUCACUUUGGCCUCAUCUGCACCACCCGAGUCUGCUUGAACCUUAUCAUUUAUCUUUGUUUUUUUUAUUGCCCUCCAUAGCCAGUGAACUCUAUAAGCGUGUCAUUCUUUAAUAUGCACCAUCGUUCAUACUAAUAGUUUCUUCUUUUAUAAGGCUUUGCAUAUUCAUGAAGGCGCUACCUUUGUUUUUCUAUUAUGGUGCAGCACAAUAAAAUAUAAUAUUGUGGAAAACCUAAUUUAUUUCAGCUGUUAAAAAAAAAAAAAGUGAAACUCAUACAGAUUCUCUACACAGAGUGAAAUGUUUUCUAAAUUGUGAUUAUUAUAGUAAUGAAAACCCAAAAUUUACCAUCUCAUGAAAUUUAUAAUGUUACAUGAUUUUUAUUUUAACAUAUAAAUGACAGAAAUGGUCCUUCUGAAAUGUAUUUUGCCAUGUGUUUAAUAAAUCUACUUAGUACAUAAUUAGCCUCGCAGCCUCAUUCUUGGCUUACUGUCACAACAUCAGUAUAAAAUGCCAUUGUGCUUGCUAUUUUUUGUUUUCUUUAUUUCUGUGUAGAUCCUCAGUCAUCCAGGUCAUGCUAAUCCACCAAGGUUGAAUAGAGGCAACGUUUCUUGUUUGUUGACUUUGUUGUGCAUUUGUGUGUGUGUGUGUUUUUUUUUUAAACAUUGAAAUAUAAUACAUUAACACUCGUAUGUCAUGGCAUACUUUUGCACAUUUAUUUUGACCGGUACUUCUAUAGUUCUGGAAGUAUAGUAGUAAUAAUCUCUCUAAUCUCUAAUAAUUAUUUCAUCCUAUGUGUGUUUACCACAUUUUUGUUAGUACAGCUCCUUUUUUCAAGGUCUCUGCUGAUUGGUUGGUCCAGUAGGAGGUAAAGAGUUUAAAUUUGCCCUUUAUCAUUUUUUACAAAAAUGCAGUGUAUACAGGCCGUGGAGUGAGCGCAGGCUUAGACACAAGAUAAGAAUGAAGUUAAUGUUUGCAACUCACUGUGAGUGGCCGCCUGUGACACGAAAGAUGAUAUUAACUCACAUCUUUUAAAAUUAAAACUGUAGCAGUUUAAUGACACCGUCUUUCCUCUUAUUACAAUGAUUGGAGUUCAUUUACUCGACUGCAGUGGAGAGAGUGCCGGGCUUUUAUCAGAACAUCAAUGCAAUGCUCCUGUUUAGAUACUGUCGAUGUCUUACUCAAUUUGGUCCCGUUUUGCCUCGAAGACCCCAAGCGUUUACCGCUGCAGCUUGGUGUGCGAUUCGCCUAGUGGGUGGCAGCAGCAGCAGCAACAACAAGGACCAGAGAUGGGAGCACCCAAGACACAGUCCAAGCUGGAGACAAGCCUUAGCGGGUCUUCUGGCUGGGACAGGAGCUGUGCUGGCUUACGGCCUCCACCAUCACAAGGCGCAACAGACCGACGCCGUUAACGUUCUGGUCAAAGCAAAGCCCGCCCAACUUCCCAUCUUCAGCCAAGAGGAGGUCACCAAGCACCGCAGUCUGCAAGAUGGCGUGUGGGUCACUUACAAAGGCGCCGUCUACGACAUCACCGCGUUCGUCACAAUGCACCCCGGCGGGGAUAAAAUUCUUCUGGCGGCAGGCGGGGCCCUCGAACCUUUUUGGGCUCUCUAUGCGGUGCACAACCAGGAGCACGUGCUGGACAUCCUCUCUGAAUAUAAGGUUGGCGAGUUGCGAGCAGAGGAUCAGAAGAAGCAGCAGAGUGUGGCGUCAUCCGAUCCGUACUCGUCUGACCCCGAGCGACAUCCCGUCCUGCAGGUCAACAGCCUGAAGCCCUUCAACGCAGAGCCGCCUCCCGAAAUCCUCUCGGACAGCUACGUCACGCCCGCCGCCAUCUUCUUCAAGAGGAACCACCUGCCCGUUCCUUGGGUGGACCCGUCGUCAUAUGAGCUGCAGGUGGACGGCCUCCCCGGAGGAGGUCUCAAGCUCUCCUUGGACGACUUAAAGAGCCACUUCCCCAAGCACACGGUCACGGCGACGCUGCAGUGCGCGGGCAACCGCCGCUCCGAGAUGAACGCGAUCAAGCAGGUGAAGGGACUGAACUGGGGCAUCGCCGCCAUCAGUAACGCCAACUGGGCCGGUGCUCGCCUCCGGGACGUGCUGCUGGAGGCCGGCUACAGUCCGGACGUGGCGCGGUGGGCUCGCCACGUACAGUUCGAGGGGCUGGACAAAGACGUGACGGGGACAACUUACGGCGCAUCUAUCCCUCUCAACAAGGCGAUGAGCGAGGAAGGCGACGUGCUGCUGGCUUACGAGAUGAACGGCGAACCUCUUCCGGCCGACCACGGCUUCCCGCUGCGAGUGGUGGUUCCCGGAACGGUGGGCGCCCGGAACGUCAAGUGGCUGUCCAAGAUCACGGUGAGCGCGGAGGAGAGCAGCAGCCACUGGCAGCAGAACGACUACAAGGGCUUCUCGCCCGCCACCGACUGGGACACAGUCAACUUUAAGUCGGCUCCGGCCAUCCAAGAGCUACCCGUCCAGUCGGCCAUCACCGCGCCCGCGAAUGGCGCGGUGGUCUCCCGCGGCGACGAAGAGGUGACUGUGAAGGGCUACGCGUGGAGCGGCGGAGGACGGGAAGUGGUGCGCGUGGACGUGUCGCUGGACGGAGGGAAGACGUGGCAGGUCGCCCAGCUGAGGAACAGCGACAGGGGGCAACCUCCGGAACCUUCGCCCCCGCCAGGGAGAGCCUGGGCCUGGAAGCUGUGGGAGCUCACGGCCCCUCUCCCCCCCGAGGCCCAGCAGCUAGAAAUAGUCUGCAAGGCCGUGGACAACAGCUACAACAUGCAGCCCGACACGGUUGCUCCCAUCUGGAACCUGAGAGGGGUGCUGAGUAACGCCUGGCACAGGGUGAAGGUCACUAUCAGUGACGAUAAAGAAUAGACUUCAGAAGACUGUUGUUUGAUGCCCAAUGAUGACGACCUGGGUGUGUACCUCCCUCAAACAACGUUCAUAACUUUCUGAGUCUGCUACUGUGCCAACUUGAUAUGAUCGUGCAGACAUGUUGUCUGUGGAAUUUGGAAGUUUUAACAAAGGAAAGCCGUUUUAGCAUUUAGUCAACAUCUUUGAUGUCCACCUUAAGUUCCAUGUACUAGUACGCUCUUUGUCCGCACUAGUGAACCAGCGUGGCUUAGGUGGUAGAGUGUCUUACUAGUAAGGACAAAGAGUACCGGCACACGGACCUAAAAAUGGAUCUCAAACAGUACAGUAUAAAGGCUCAAACAGCUUUCCAAAAGUCCGUCACACUUUGGUCUUGAGUGCAAGUGGUCAAUUGUUACAUUUUUAUUCGUAGCAAUGAUGAUACUUUUUUGUUGUUGUUGUUGUCUUACUGAAGCUUUGUUAACUACUUGAAUAAAAAAAAAAAAGUGUUAACUAAUGACAUGAUUUGACAGCUAAUUUAUUUUAAUGAAAGACUAAACUGUUGCGUAAAGCAUGGCUUCGCUGUCAUUUUGGCUUUGGUCUUGCCAGCUGAAAUGAUCAUGUGUCGAUAAGAAGAGAACACAGCGAUGAUAUUAAUUAGGGAGAUGUCCUUUAUUGUAUCAAAAAUCAUAGGAAUAUUAAACAUCGAUAGUUGCUCCCUCUUUAAAGUUUUAAUUAUUUCAAAGAAUCAUGGAUUAUCGAAACGUUGAUCAGUGAAAGAUUCUGACUGUGGAUUGAUUACCAGUCAAAUCAACACUGGAAUAUAUACAGUAGCUAUAUUUUGAUGGGAAAUGUUCAUUAUCAUUGAAGAUUAUAAAUAAACAGUUUGUGAAUGUA